AUGUACGAGCAAGCAGAGCCGGUCCGGUCCCCUGUUGUGGGGUCCGGCAACAGUCAAACCAGCGGACCACAGGCCAAAGCACCUUCUGCCCACCAGAGUGGUCUGCACGGGCGUGCCCGCCAUGGCAACGCCGCUGAUCACAAGCGGCAGAAAGGGCUGGAAACGUCUUCAGAUACGUACGAAGAUGCCGAGACCGUAAAUCUGUCACCGCCAUUUCGCGAGGCGCGGCUGCAGCGGGCUGGGUUACGGGGAGAACCGCCCAUGGAGGGGGCUGAUGGCAGGAACAUCAGGCGUUAUGUCAAUUCACCUGACGCAACGGACACGUCUACAGACCACACGUAUCCGAGUGAAACAAUCGGCCACCGUGGUCUCCGUGACUUUGUUCGCCCCUACCACGGCUGCAUUACUCGCAUUACUGCUGUGGUACCGGUGGCAACCUUGGUCAUCUUGGGACUCGUCGUAGCGGUGUUCAAUGUUAAAAAGGGUCAGCGGCUCCGAGUUCCUUCUCCACCACUUACCCCUGCCGUAUAA